AUGGCUCCCCGCAGAAAAAGACAGCGACUUUCAGAGAGUGGCGCAGAAGUCGUCACUGCGACCGCCGACGCCGAGACGCCCUCCACUGCCGCCGCUGCGACACCGAAAGAAGUCGCCCGCAGACAACUUUUCGUUCGCGGCCUGGCGCCUUCAGUCACCACGCAGGACCUUACCGACUUCUUUUCCGAGUCAUAUCCAAUCAAGAAUGCGCUCGUUGUUCUCGACAAGGAAACGAAGGAGUCGAAGAAAUUCGGGUUCGUUACAUUCGCCGAUGUCGAAGAUGCGCAGAGAGCGAAGGAGGAGAUGAAGGGCAAGGAACUGCAGGGCAAGAAGAUCGUGAUGGACUUUGCCGAGGCGCGACAGCGUGAGGGCGAGCCCAAGGACCCGAAGCUUGCGAACAGGUUCAAAGUGCAGCGCGAACAGGAAAUGAAGGAUGCGCAGGCUCCCAAGAUCAUCGUUCGCAACCUGCCGUGGAGCAUCAAGACGCCGGAGCAGCUGGGCAAACACUUCCUGAGCUAUGGAAAAGUCAACUUCGUCACACUGCCCAAGAAGCCAUCGGGCGAACUGCGGGGCUUCGCUUUUGUCGCCCUUCGCGGAAAGAAGCAUGCCGAGAGGGCGAUACAAGGGCUCAACGGCAAGGAGAUCGACGGCCGGACCAUCGCGGUGGACUGGGCGGUCGAUCGGGAUACAUGGCAGGGCCUGCAAAAGACCGAGCAGGACGGAGACGAUGCAAAGGCAGGCGCCGAGGACGACGACGAGGAUAUGAGCGACGCCGAGAGCUCUGUGGUCAGCUCGGAAGACGACUCUGACGCCGAAGAGGGCAGCGAGGACAACGAAGAUUUAGACGACAGCAACACCGACUACGAGGAUGUCGACGACAGCGAUGAAGAGGGCGGCGUCCAACUCGACGACGAACGACCGAAGCGAGAGGAGUUCACAGUCUUCGUGCGCAAUCUUCCCUUCACCGUCACCGACGAGUCUCUCAAGGAGCACUUUGAACAGUUUGGCGGUGUCCGCUUCGCUCGCGUUGUCCUCGACCGCGAGACAGAGCGGCCAAAGGGCACAGGCUUCGUCAGCUUCUACGGCGAGGAGGACAUGAUCAAUUGCCUCAAGGGUGUCCCCAAGGUCAAGCUCCAAAGUCGUAACGUGGACAAGAAGGACGGCUCGACAAUCACAGUCACCCACUCUGUGCUCGAAGACGCGGAUGCCGACCCGUCGGGCAGAUACACACUUGAGGGCCGCAUUCUACAACUCAGUCGCGCAGUCGACAAGAGCGAAGCGACGCGUCUCACAGCAGAAGGCGCUGCAUCGCGGUUCAGCAGAGACAAGGACAAGCGUCGCCUCUACCUGCUCUCUGAAGGCACCAUCCCAUCUAACUCCCCGCUCUACCAACAACUAUCCCCCUCGGAGAUCAAGAUGCGCGAAGAAAGCGCCAUGCUCCGCAAAAAGCAGAUCCAAGAAAACCCCUCCCUCCACUUAUCCCUUACCCGUCUCUCCAUCCGCAACAUCCCACGCAGCAUCACCUCCAAAGAUCUCAAACAGCUCGCACGAGCCGCCAUCGUCGGCUUCGCUGCUGACGUCAAAGCCGGCAAGCGCAACAAACUCUCCCGUGAAGAAGUCAUGCGCGGCGGCCAAGCCAUGCUCGUCGCCGAAAAGCAGCGCAAAAAGCGCGGCGUCGGCAUCGUCAAGCAAGCCAAAGUCGUCUUCGAGACCCCCGCCGGCUCCAAAGUCGGCGAGGACACGGGUGCCGGCCGAUCGCGCGGCUACGGCUUCAUAGAGUACUACACGCACCGCAAUGCGCUCAUGGGCCUGCGCUGGCUCAACGGCCACGCCGUCGACUACAAGAUCAAAACCGAGCUGCCCAAGAAUAAACAAAAGGCCAAGGAGGCGCUGGAAGACAAGCGCAAGCGCCUGAUCGCCGAAUUCGCUAUUGAAAAUGCCAAUGUCGUGUCCCGCCGCUCGACGCGCGAGGACCAGGCGAAGGACCCGAAACCGAAGACGGAGAAGGAUGCGGGCCGUGGGCAGAAGCGAAAGCGUGGGGACGAGCCGAAGGAGAAGCCUGGGAAGGCGAGUCGCAAGGACAAGGCGGCUGCGAAGCCCCAGGGGGCAUCGGGUGCGGAUACGAAUGAAGCUCCCGCUGGGUCCGAGGACAAGGAUAAGUUGGCGCAGCGGACAAGAAUCAUUGCGCAGAAGAGGAUGAAGAGGAAGGCUAAGAGGGCUGGAAAGUGA